UCCCCCUCUGGCUAAACUGGCAGCCAACGUGUCCAGUAACAGCCGGCAACGUAACAUCGCACCGCCCAAUAGAAGUAGGGUUUUCCUCAGUGAGGAAGGUGGCCACCCAAUGAGGCCCCGGGGCUGGGUAUCCGGCGCCGGCGGGGAGAUUGAGCAGAGCGGGAGGCCAUGGCGCCUCUCUAGGGGCGGUUGGUAACUCGACCCCUCCCCCUCCCGCGGCCGGAGAUUCCUUUAUUCUAAAAUGGGAUCAUCGGUAUUAUAUAGAUGAAAUUAUAUCAUAGAGAAGAGGAUUCCAGCCUAUUCAUCUACAUACACUUUUAUGAAUUGAGACUGUUUAAUUCAGUUGAAUUAACUUUAAAGAAAUACCAGCCUCCCAUCUUCUCUUCUUUGCAUGGAGAGUAUCUCAAAUGUGCAACAUAGAGCAUUGAUCUUCUAGUUCAUAUGAGAGAUGUUUGUGUAAAACAAAGCAUGCUAUGCUGUCCCGGUGCUAAUCUUUGCUUUCUCCCUGCAUUUCUGUGAUGAUGUUCACUUUGAGAUGCUCAGAUACAAGAUCCUUUGAGAUCAUAGAUUAAAGAAAUGGCACAGGAAGAAAUGGAAGUGGAUCUCCAGCCAGCAGUUACUUAUUCUGUGGAGCACCAUGAGGCAUUUACCUCAGAGGCCUCUGGUCAUGCUCUACUGUCACUGCCAUCCAACUCUCCAGUGCCUAGUGAAGAGGCAGAAGGCAUUGUGGUUCCUCUUGCUGACGAAGAAGUCAUUGUGGUCUCUGGUGCUGAUGAAGCAGUGACAGUUGCUGAGUCUGACUCCCAGUUGCAUGCUGCCCCUAGCCUGGAUGGGCUGCAAAGGCUGCAUGGGGUAUUGGAGCUGUUUCGAUUACAGGCUGCACAACAGAUUACACGACAGCCACCAACGAGGAGAACUCGCCGGCGACAAAGAGGUGGUGGAUCCCAGAGGACAAUCAGUACCAGGCCCAGGACACCACUGGAUAGUUAUUUCAUGGUCAGCAGGACUCAAGGGUCAACAACAGCAGCAUUUCCACCACUGGAGACUUUGCAUCUUCCAGUUGGCAACAGUGGUCACAGCUCAGAUGAAACCUUGGAGCUGAGUGACUCUGACAGCAGCAGCUCCACUGAGGAGGAGGAUGUGGCAGUACCCCAAGAGGAGGCACCCAUAACUGCCAGUUUGGGAGUUUCUGAUCAGGUCCAACCAGAGCCCCCUCAGCCUUUGCCUUCCUCUGCAGAGCAUGAAGGUCGUGAUGCUGAAGAAGCAGAAGUCCAGCACAAACAGAGAACUCCACUAAAGAAACCCAAUGUGACCGUUCCCACUGUACCGUUGGAUGAGGAAGAAGGGGACACCUGUGCCAUCUGCUUUGAGCAAUGGACUAAUGCUGGGGAGCACCGGCUCUCAGCAUUGCGGUGUGGACACCUGUUUGGAUACACUUGCAUCAUAAGGUGGCUCAAGGGACAGGCAGGGAAAUGCCCUCAGUGCAAUAAGAAGGCAAAGCGUUCUGACGUAGUGGUCCUGUAUGCCCGUACUUUGAAAGCACUGGACACCAGUGAACAGGAGCGCAUGAAAAGCUCUUUAGAAAAGGAGCAGAUGUUGCGGAGACAGGCGGAAUUGGAAUCUGCACAGAGCCGUCUCCAGCUGCAGGUCUUGACAGAUGAAUGCAGUAAACUUCGCAAGCAAGUUCAGGAGCUGAAAGCACUGAUGGCCCAGCACACCACUAGCGCCUCUCAGCAACCUGGCAGCUCCCGUUCCUGUUUCCCAGGCUGUCUCUCCUCCAGUCAGAGUCAGCACAAAUACCACUUUGAGAAGGCCUUCCUGGUUUCUCAGUCAGGGAGCUGCCGGGUUAUGGCUUACUGUGACUCACUGAGCUGUCUUGUGGUUUCACAGCCCUCUCCACAGACUACACUUAUUCCUGGUUGUGGCGUUAAGAUGAUGAGUGCUGCCAACCUGAAGAGCAGUCAGUACAUUCCUAUCCACAGUAAGCAGAUCCGGGGACUGGCCUUCAGUAAUCGAACAGAUGGCUUGCUGCUGUCUGCUGCUUUGGACCACACGCUCAAACUUACCAGUUUGACAACAAAUACUGUGGUCCAGUCAUACAAUGCUGGCCGCCCUGUGUGGAGCUGCUGCUGGUGCCUUGAUGAUACCAAUUAUAUCUAUGCUGGGCUUGUCAAUGGCUCUAUCCUGGUGUAUGACCUAAGAGACACAAGCUCUCAUGUCCAGGAACUAGCCCCUCAGAAGUCCAGGUGUCCUGUGGUGUCCCUGUCCUACCUGCCCCGAAUGGCCUCCACCACACUGCCAUAUGGUGGAGUAGUAGCUGGGAGCUUAGAAGGAGGCUGCUUUUGGGAACAGAAGGCCAGCAACUCCUACCGACCUCACCAUCUACCUCUAGAGCCUGGAGGCUGCAUCGAUAUUCAGACUGAAAUCAGCACUCGGCACUGCCUUGCAACUUACAGGCCUAAUAAGAGCAACAAUUGCCUGCAUUGUGUGGUGAUGGAACUGUCCUGUAGCCAACUGAUGGAUGCAUCUGUGGACGUAAUCUGCUCCUGUCACCCAGUUCAGACAUUCAAUGCUGGGCCCACCUGCAAACUGCUGACCAAAAAUGCCAUCUUUCGGAGUCCAGAGGAGGAUGGCAGCAUCCUGGUGUGCGCUGGCGAUGAGGCCUCAAACUCUGCCAUGGUGUGGGAUGCUGGAAGUGGCUCCUUACUGCAGAAGCUACAAACUGACUUACCUGUGCUGGACAUCUGCCCCUUCACAGUGAACCGCAAUAACUUCCUGGCCACUCUCACUGAGAAGAUGGUGAAGCUCUACAAGUGGGAGUGAAAAAGGCUCUAUAAAUCUUCCACAGAGAGGAGCUUCCAAAAUGUGCUGCUAAACUACAAAUUCCCUGCUGUCCCACCACAACAGUAUGGCCCCAGGCUCGGCCUUCCUGCAUGUGUUGCUCACAGGACAGGAACUGCCACGGCACCUCUCAUGUUGGUGCAUUCAGGAACUGGGACACACUGGUGCCUGGAGCCCUUCUCCCCUACCCUAAUUUUUAUCUGUCAUUCCUUCAGUUGAUCCCAAGGUCAGUUUUCUCUAUUCUCAGGCAAACUGGCAGCCUGCCUCAAUGUAGUGCUCACUCUUGGCCUGUCUCCAGCUGCACAGUGUUAAAACUCCUUCUUCCCCCUUCCCCCCUCCCCCCCCCCCCCCGCAAGCAUUAACACAGUGCUGGGACUUGCAAACCCCUUUAGAGAAUGACCCAAAGGAAAGGAACAUCUGAGACUCCCCCUGUACUUUGCAGUCCUACCGCCCUUGCUGCAUGAAGAAAGGGGCUUUAAGUAGCAGUUUGGCUGCUACCUUGUACUUGGAUGGGCAUUUCCCCAGGAAUGUUGUGGACAUGUCCUGUAAAGGACUUACUCAGCUGUUCCUAUGCUCUUUUUGAGGCUUCUGGGCAAAGCAAGCUUGGUGGGGCUUUUCCAUCAAUCAAGUAAAGCCAACUCUGUGUCAUUAGUCUUUGCCACGGAGAAGAUAGCUGUGGGACUGGAGUGAGAACACUUUUCUUCUGCAUUUUCAUAUGCAUAUAGUAUGAACCUUGCCGCCUCUUUAGGCGCAGCCCAGUCCAAACGUCAUAGAACUGUCUUUUGUCUGGGGAAAGUUGGCAAUAGGGUGAGGUGGGGAGACUUUUGUGCCUUUUGAUGGUAGUUGCAAUUCAUGUUAACCUUGCCUACGGCUCAGGUGGCUGAACAGCAUUUGAAUUGAAAAACAAGAAAGAGAAAAUGUUGGCUGCUUUGUUCCAAAUUUAACAAAAACUGUUGGAUUUCUUGAGGUUUGAUUUUCACCAGAGGGUCACAGAAUGGUCCCAGUCAUCCUUGACUGUGGCACAAUUCUGCACAUCCUAGAUGUGAGUCUGAACCAGAAUUCCCCAUAAAGAGUUGGUGGGGUGGGGGGUGAGCCAAGGGGUUUGAGUGCCAAGUGUGCAGACUGAUUCUCAGUUCCUGUGAGUAAGGACAUUUCAUUUUCUGACUUGGGGAUGAACAGGAUUUACAUUUCGUAUUUGUAUUUGCCAAAGGCAAACUAUCAAGAAUGUUACACAAGUUGCAAGACAGUUUCUCUGUAUGGGGAACCUGUCCCCAGGCACUGUUCCUUGCAUGCAGUCUGUGUAAACGGCAUCUUUCAUGUUACCAGAUCCAGUGUGUCACUAUUUAAAUCCACAGAACAACUUUCCUUUCUAAAACUUGCAAGGAUAUGAAUUUCCUUUGUGCGUCUCCUCUUUAAAAGUAAGAUUAUGUAAAAAUAUACCUCUCCAUUUAAUUGUAUCUAUUUUUCUGUGUGAUAUUUUUUCCUCUAUUUUUGUGAUGUGAAAAA